GUACGUCAUCAGCACUCUGUCGGCAAGGCCUUUUGAUAUUCGCAAAGAAUCAAUUGCACCCACAGCGCUAUCUCUCCCAUACGACCUCACAAUGCCCGCCAAAUGCACUCCCCGGAAGUCGUCGGGCUUCUCGCCGUAUCAAACGUCUCUACCGAGCCGAAACUUCAACUCGCCAUGACUGAAGAGAGCAUGCUCCCGCCUGUCUCAAAGCUCAAAGCUCCUUCCUGUAAGCAGCCAUGACGAAGCCAAUUAUCCUCCAUAUCGGCGAGCCAAUCAAGUACAACCACGAGUUCUACGAGAAAGACUUCCUGUCACGAUUCGACGUCAUCCAAAAUGAAGAUCUCGAUCGCGAGGCUUUCAAGAACGCAUUAAGGAGUAACAAGUAUGGCAACAUCUCCGCCGUCUUCCGCCCACACUUCCAAACCGGCGGCGAAAUGGGCCAAUGGGACGACGAACUGAUAUCCCUCCUCCCCUCCUCCGUCCGCAUCUUCGCAUCAGCCGGCGCGGGCUUCAACUGGGCCGACGUAGAUGCGUUGGGCAAGCGGAAAAUAUGGUAUGCGAAUGGAGCAGGAGCGUCGGACGAGGCUGUAUCAGACACUGGCCUCUAUAUGAUCCUCUCCGUCUUCCGAAAUUUCACGCGGGCACAACUUGCAGCACGAACAGCGGAUCCAGAAGUCUUUAAUGAAGCACACAAAUCAAUUGCGAUGAUAUCGCAGAAUCCGAAGGACCAUACCCUCGGGAUUGUGGGGUUGGGGAGUAUCAGCAAGAAGUUGGCGUAUAAGGCGAGAAUGGCGCUGGGGAUGGAUAUACACUACUAUGAUGUUGUCCAGGCGAGUAAGGAGGAGGAGAGGUCGCUGGGAGCCACGUUCCACGCAUCGUUGGACAGCUUGUUGAAAGUUGCGGACUGCGUUUCCUUGCAUACACCGCUGAACAAAUAUACCAAAGACCUUAUCGACGCCCGCGCACUGUCGAUUAUGAAACCAGGAUCCCGCAUCAUCAAUACAGCACGAGGGCCUGUGUUGAACGAAGACGCGCUGGUACAUGCUCUAGAGAGCGGGCAUAUCAGCGCUGCAGGCUUGGACGUACAUUAUUAUGAACCUCAGGUUUCGAAGAAGUUGGCGCAGAUGCCGCAAGUUACGCUGACUACGCAUAUCGCGGGAGGUGCGCUGAAUACCCGGAUUAAUUUCGAGUUGAAUGCCAUGAAGAAUAUUUUGAGGGUUGUAGGCCCUGAGGGGGAGUUUACUAGAGAGGAGCCGUUGACGCCAGUUAAUGCGGAAGCUUUUCACGGCGGGUAGAUAUUCCAAGGUUAAGGAAGGCUAACAAAGUCAACACGUGCACAGACAACUCAAGAUACAGUCCUCGCGCUUCAUAUCUCACCUUAGGGUCCGAAAUGCUAUAUUAUAUAUGUGAUAUUGCGGUGUGACCUCGAG